AUGGAUCAGGAUGUUAUGGUUCCCUGGGUGUUACAAAAUAAAGUGAACAAGAAGAAGAAUCAGUUGAAAGAAGCGGCUGCCGAGCCAGAAACUGCGCCAGAGCCACCCAAGCCAGAAGAGCCACCAGUAGUCUGGAACCGGUACUACCAUUUAUAUAAACAAGGGGAGUUAGAAGAGGACGUAGUCACAGCGAAGGGUCGAGUUGUAGAAUCUGGUUAUGAACGGGAUAACUGGUGGGCCAUUAUCAGCAAGGAAUAG